CUGUGUUGUCCCUCCUCUCUUCUCUUCUCUUCUCUUCUCCUCGUCUCUGGUCUGAUGUUAGUUUGCUGAAGCUCAGCUCUGCGUGGAAAUACAUUAAGAUCAAGAGCACAACUGAUGGAUCUGUGUGUGUUUCCUGCAGCAUCACCACCCUCUGCUGAUGUGGAGACGAUGGUUGUGAUGACACAUCGUGAUGUUCAGCGUCUGAAACAGGAAGUGCGACGACUUCAGAGUCUGCUGCAGGAAGUCCAGAAGCGAGCAGCCAAUCACGUCGCUCUGCUGCAACAGCAACUGGCCAAUAAAGCACAGCAUAUAGAGAGACUCCAGAUGAAGUUACAAUCCCAGCAGGACUAUGACAAGAUCAAAGCUGAGCUCAGGACUCUUCGAGCACAGAUGCAAACUACUGAUGUCGUGUCGGUGUCUCUCAGGAGCGUUUCUGCUGAUAACGAUCUUGUGAUCCAGACGGAAACGACAAAGUUUCAUCACUCCAUUGGGAAAGAAGAAGCACUGAAUGAGUCGUCCUCUUCUUCAUCACCCUCAUCUCCAAGCCUCCAGAGCUUCGUUAAAGAAGAGACAGACUCCUGCAGAGAUGUGGAGUCUGAGGAUGGAGGUGAGCUCGACACGGCUGGAUUAGCUCUGCAGGUCAAAGAGGCUCUUCAGCGGCUGAACAUCGGUCAGUGGGUGUUCGGUCACUAUGUGUUCGGUCUCUCUCAGGGAACCGUCAGUGAUAUACUGGCCCGACCCAAACCCUGGAGCAAACUGACCAACAGAGGAAGAGAACCCUUCCUGAGAAUGAAGCACUUCCUGUCAGACCAGCACAGCAUCCGAAUACUCAGCCACAUCCAGGAGAGACUGAGAGGCGUCUUCGUUCCGUGGGUUGGUGCUGCAGACGUGAGCUCAGACGACGUGAUCAGGAACAUCCUGCAGCAGGCCAAACACGAGAUGCAUACGACGAACGACUCGAGUGAAGCAGCGCUCCAGGAAGAAGAAGAAGAAGAAGAAGAAGAGGAUGAUGGGACACUGGAGCCUAGCGUUCAGUCCCCGGCUGAUUUUGUCCAAAGCAUCAUCCAGAAGGUCAAAUGUGACCUGGAUGAAGAUACUGACCCCUCCGUUUCUCCGUCCUCCGUGAGCCGCUCGUCCCAGACACUUCCUGUGGAUCCGGAUCAGAGAACGCAGGUCUUUAACGGGUCAAAGGUGAAGACGGAGCCGCGUCAGAGACCUCGCUCCUGUCCCAUCAGCAGCAGCUGUGAGCUUCAGUCUCUGGAUCUGGACACCUUCAGCAUCACGCAGAGGGUCAAAGAAGCUCUCACCGUCAACAACAUCGGUCAGCGCGUGUUCGGCGAAGAGGUUUUGGGUCUAACACAAAGCUCUGUGUCUGAACUGCUGUCGCACCCCAAACCCUGGACUAAACUCAGUCUGAAGGGGAAGGAGAACUUCAUUCGGAUGCAUCUGUGGCUCCAAGACCCUCAAAACAUCCAGAAGCUCAACGCUAUGAAGAAGAUGGACCAGAGAGGUCAAUCUCGUCUCAGACGUGCUCUGAUGGGAUCAGACUGUGAGUCACACAGGACGUUAGACGCCAGAGGACGCUGGGUUUGUGAUCAUUGGGGACGGUGUGAGGUGGUGAAGAGGCCGCGUGUCAUCUUUAGCGCUCAGGAGAGAGAAGCACUGAUAGCGGUGUAUCAGACAGAGCCGUAUCCGUCUCCACACACCAUCGAGAGACUCGCAGCACAGCUAGACCUGCACUCCAGCACCGUCAGCAACUGGUUCUACAACUACAGGUCCAGAAGCAGACGAGAUGGCGUUUCAGAACCGGUACAAACCAGAACAUUUCAGAAUCCGGUCGGUUCUGGUCCGGUUUCAGCCAGUUCAGUCUGAAUCAAACCGGAGCCCAGUGACGGACAGAUGGAGGAGGACACAGAUCACGUCUUCACCAGUGUGAAGAGAGAGAAAGAGCUGUGAGAUCAACACAGACAGAUCUCAGGAACUCUAAAUCUGAACACUACACCCUUUCAGUCUGUCUUUUUUUUUUUUUUUUUUUUUUUUUUAAGCAUGAUUCAUUUACGAUUCAGUGAAAAAGUAAACACUGUUUGGCCAGAUUUUUUUUUUUUUUUUUUUUUUUUUUUUAGUAUGACUGAUGAAUAAUUGCUGGUUGUAUAUAUGUUUGAUAUCUACUUAUGUACGCUCAUUUAAAUUCAGUUUGGUUUGGAGACUAAAUGGUUAACAAUGAAAGUUUGCUAAUAAA